GAUGACCUGAUUUCUAAUUUUCUCUCCUGCCUGAGCUGUGGGCUCGUCGCGGCUACAAACACAGGAAGACUCCAAAGGAGAAAGGCAGUAUGGUUUGGACCGGAUCUAUUUGGUCUUUGGUCUUUAUGUUGGAUCUAUUUUUCCACUUUUGAUGGCUCCGUGAGUGGCUGAAGUUGGUAUUCAAUAUAUUCAGGUGAGCAACCAUGGCUAACCUACAACAGGAAUACCCUGGAGUCCUCUUAGGGAUCCUGGAGGAACUGGCCAAUAUGCGUCAAUGGUUGACCUUCCAGGACCUUUGCCGCAUGGUCAGCACCCGCUUUGACUUGGAACACCUCAUCGAGCUCAGGAGUUUGUUGUUUGCUGCUGCUAGCCGGGACCCCUGUUUUCCAGCCACUCUUUUUAGGGACCGUGUUUCCACCAGAGGACAAGGCCUGUCACCGAUAGGUGUCGCUGCUGACAUUGUGACAAUAUUUAAUCUUAUUCAAAUGACGGGUGGGGCCUCUGAUGAGAGCCAACCAAUGAGAGCUCAGACGGUCCUCCCUGUUGACCAGUCCCCGGGCCCAAGUUUGCCUGGAAUCCACCAACUGAACAUUCCUGGUCGGGAAAGAGCACGCGCUCACUCUGACUCCACUGGCAGCCGUAUUGACCAGCACUUGCUGUUUCCAAAUUCCAAUUACUCUGCACGCAAGCGCGCCAGUCUUCCCCUCGAGCCUAUCUCACUAGUGUCCCCUCCUCGGGUCAGGACGCGGGCUGUCUCUUUCGACUUGCCUCACACCACACUUUUGUACCCCAGUGGUCAAAUCCCCAGCGAAGUCAUGAAGAGUAUUUACUUGCCUUUGGAGACAGACAGCGAGUCAAGUGGCGAUUCGGCUCCUGCUGAGGUGUUUGAAACGGAACAGGACUCAUCAGUCGACCAGAAGAGAAACAUCUUCAAGAAGGACUUUCACAACCAGCCGCCUCUCAUACCGCAAGUGACCGUCAACAGUGAGUCUCCCAGUCCCAAAAGGGAGAAAGGCUUUGACAACCACACUUUUGAAGUCAUUCCUAACCCUUACCCCUCGCCCACCACACUCCAACAGUCUCCAGAGAAGCGGACUAAACAUGAAAGUCUCGAUGAUUUACAGGACUCCACUUACUUCGGACCUGUAUCAGUCCCUGAGCGGUCUCCGAAACACUUGCAGCCCCCCAGAAGCCAAAGGCCCAUCUGGAAUAACAAGAGUCACAGUCUAGAGGACCGAAUCAAUCCGACUAGCACUGGGUUGGGACUUGAGUCCCGUGGCGCACAACAACCAAGGCGAUCAACGCCUGCGAUAAGCAAACUGGGGGGUUCUUUGGGAGGUGAGAUUGGAGAUACUGGAAUUGAUGGAUUCAAGGCUCAAGGAACCCAGACUGAUCCUCCGGAUCCCAGGCGCCUUCGUAGUCUGGUCCAUGCUGAUCGCCUGUCCUUCAUGACUUCAUUAGAUGAUCCUGAGUUUUGUGAGGAUGACAUCAGCGCCAUCUUCCGCUUCUUAGAUGACAUAAGCAUGUGCGGGUCUACGGGAGUGCUGCACCCAAAUGAUGGAUCCGGGGGUCUUAACCAGGACACCCCAGAAGCCAGACGGGGCCGCCUAGGCCAACUUCAAAGGCUGUUUCACUCUCUGGAAAGCAGUGAUGAUGGCCUAAAAGCCAGCGUAUGUCGACUCUUGCUCCGCAUGAACCAGAUUGAGCGACAACUGGAGUCACUAAAUGAUGUAAAGGCAGAGAUUUCACAGGUGUUGUCAGCUUUGCAGCGUCUGGAUGAAAAGAUCCCGCAGCCUGCUGUUGGCAGUGGACAAGGCAUCGGUGACCGAUGGCUAGAGCCCCUCAGUGGUGUCUCCUCCUUCAUGAGCCACCCUGUCACUCCCUCUGAAUCAUCUGAGCCUCAGCCUCUAUCUGUGUCAGGACAUCUCUUCCCAGCAACCAGCACUAGCAGUCUGGACUGGAACAGAUGGAACAAUCCCGAGGAGCAAACUGGCAGCAGCAAAGCUCAACGUGACGCAAAAGUGACUAAAGAUGGGAAGAAAGAUGCAUCAUCUUUUCGUGGCUCAAAAAAUGAGGCUGGAGAGAAAGGGCGCAGCGAUUCCAAGCAAGCAAACACGUCAACCACUGCAAAAGACUGGACGGUGUCUUUCUCGAAAAUUAAAGGUGGAAAAUCUUCGCACGGAAAAACUGGGCAGUCAGAUCAGUCAAGCAGAACAGCAAAAUUGCUCUCCCAGAAGUCGUCCAGCCUUGUGGAACAAGUGUUUAGCUCGUCUUUGUUCGGCAACAAAGAAAGCAGCUUGACUGGUGGACUAACUUCUGGGAAGAUUAUGGACCCCAGACUGGCUGAAGGGAGAGGAAGGCCCAUCUGGACUGUUGAUGACAGAGAGGCACGAAUAUCUCCUUUUGAUUCACAGGCCCAUGAUUCUCUAAAUCCCAACAACAUGGAGUUCUGGAUGGACGACAUCUACACUCCGGGUUACGAUGCCCUACUCAGGCGUAAAGAGGCUGGCCUACGUCGGGCCAAAGUCUGCAAGUUGCUGGCACUCAUUGCCGCCGCACUGGCUAUCAUUCUCAUCGUCGUCAUUCCCAUUUGCACCAUGAGAUCAUGAGGUUGUUUGAUGACAUUUUCUACAUCUACUCUCUGUAGCUUUGUGCUUGCACGACAUCCUGAUGGAGAUUAUUUGGAGGUGACAGACUCUGACACUAGAAGCCUAAACUUGUGAACUGCAAUUUUUCUGCAAUAAGCAUUACCAACUGAACAAUAGCUUCAUUGAUUCAAUGAUUUUUAUGCCUUAUGCAUGUUACAUACGUUUUUUCCUUCCCCAGUAUUAUUUCUUUAUACAAUAAAUGCACUUUUGAAUAUAUUUUCCUUUUAGUUAAUAACAAUAAUGGUGAUAUUCAAAAUUAAAAACCCUGUUAAAUCAGGGGUGUCCAAAGCUGUUUGCAGCUGGGUUUUUUUUUUUUUUUUACUUUCUAAAAAUAUAAUUUCACUACAAAACUAAAAAAAAAAAAACAAAAAACAGCAGCAAAAAUGGAAAAAUCAGCAGUAAUUUGAAUAAAUUCAAAA